UAUAAAGAUAUAGUUUUUAAAGUUAAUUAUGUCUUUUUUAAAACUAAAUACAAAAUUCUAAAUUGUUAUAAAAUUUCAAUCCUUAGACCAUUUGCCUUUUCCCCACCAACAGAUUCUUGCUAAAUUUUUUACGGAUGUCUUUCAAAUUUGGAAAAAGGCAAAGAGUGCCUUAAUUUAUAUGCCUCUAAAUUAAAUGAAAGAUAAAACCAUAUCUAAAUAUUUAUGUACGAUAACUAGUUCCUGAAAUUGGCGAUUAACAAACGAUAAAUUGGCGACGACAUAUUCUAUAUUUUUAACGAUCUGCUUACUAGUGCCUGAUAAAAUGAAAAAUUAUAAAUUACCAAGGCAAAUUCACAUCUCGUGCCUUAGACGGUAACAUCCGCGAAUAAAUAAAUCCUAGCUGUUUUGUAGAAUAAUAUUGCUUAGAAUAUAAUCCUUUUUGUUUAGAAGAUGCUUCUUGCUGCAAUAGUGAAUACAUUUUGUGGAUUUAUGUGUUGUGUUUGUGCUAUUGCCAAGAUUGAUUUUAAGUGACUAAAAAUCGGAUACUAACUUUUUUGUGCCAAUGAGAUGUUUUUGUGAUAUUUCUGAUGCUGUGACCUUAUCUUUGUAAUGUCUUCACCAUGGCUAAAGUUAUGGACCAACCUUUAUCGGAAGAAGCGGGCAGUGAUAAUGAAGAAAUUAACAAGCUGUUCCCCAGGUGUCGACCACGCAGCGUCGUCUCCAGUGAUUACAACCAGAACAACAUCAAAGAUCACCACAGAAAGCUGUCGACAGCCAGCAGCGACAGCACUAUGAGCAGUAUUAUGGACAAAGCUAACGACAACUAUCUACCCCACAACAACCAGGAUCAUCAAGAAGUGCUGGGUAACAACCCUGCUUCAGAUAUGAGUGAAACGUCUUCCUGCUGUGGAGGGGAUCAACCGCCACCCCCUCCUCCUGCCGAGGUGAAUGAAGACCACUCGGUGAUAAGCGCCUAUGACUACUGUGAUUACGACGGUGGACUACUGUGCACCACUACCUCUAAUACGAACAACAAAGAAGAGGUGCGCAGCAAUUCCACAUCUUCCAUGACGUGCGAACGGCGCGACUUCAACGAUGAUGUGGUCUACGAUCAUGAACUCGAUGUUGGGUACCACAUGGACCCAGGGUUUUGCCUUCGCGAAAGUCGCAUCGAAAUCGCUGGUGGCCGAGAGAUAUUCUCGAAGAGCCGUAGCAAGCCUUCAAAAAAGCGGCAUGGUGACGAUGUGACUUAUCACCACCAACAACAACGUGUCUCCCAUGACCACAGUCAAAGCAAUAGCGUUGCUUCAAAAUCCGAAGACUAUAAGCGUUUCAGUGCCGACGUUAUGUACGACGACAAGCUGCGACGUUAUAUGUACAAUAUGUGUUCUGGUUCCGUCGAUAAACUGCACAAUUGUGCCAAGUAUCGGACUGAGUCGUCGUAUAUUAUGGAAGAGAGAAGUCCUGAACAUUUACCUAGUGUAAAUGGACGCGUGUGCCUAAGGAAAAGUUCUUCAGUGCGCGGCUUACAAGACUUGCAUUCGGAUUCUAAACAUUCUGGACAUUUAGUGUAUGAAGCGCCUGUGAACAAUGCUGAAGUAGUGUACGAUGACAUCGGCGAACUGAUGGAUCAGAGAAAGAGUGAUAAUGUAUCUACUAGUAACUGUUUCGGAAAUAUUAGUCGUAAUGGAUUGCAUGUUAAAACCGCUUCGUGUGAGUCAGACUAUUCCACAUACAGUGGUAAGGUACUGGAAUCUCCCAACAGUGAUACUGACCAGUCAUUUCGUAUCAUGCAUAAACCGCACAUCGGUACUUUAGAUAUCAGUUCACCGAUAUCACCAUGUGGUGGGCUGUGGGGCAUAGAUGGUCUGCCUACACAUAACGAUAGUUUAACGAAUUUAAGUCAAGAAGAGGAAAUGGACACGGACUCAGAACCUUCUUCGCCUGUCAAGCAAGGAAUUGCGCGACUUAUUGGCAAUGUUCCUAUUGCUGAAUAUGAAGGUUCUCCUCGACGUUAUGGUCCGCGUCCCGGCUAUCCACACCGCGUAGCUUCGGACUGUGUUGAGGAAACGAACAAUUCUGAAAAAUCUCCUCAUCCGUCUACCUGCGAGGAAUUACUAAAAGUGAUAGCGGGCAAUAAUAAAACCAUGGUGAAUGGCAGUCAUAAAAAUAAUUCAAAUCAGUGCAAAAAUUCUAGUGAACUUUUCGAUUGCAACAACCAUGAUACGGAAGCUCAGAACAUUUUAAAAGAAUUUUCCUGUAAAAGUGAAAGUGCGGACAUUUCUGGUAAACUAGUUGCUCAGGACUCAGAAUUUAGUGAAUUAGACUAUAGACUAUAUCGUGUGAAUACUGGUAGUUCCUAUGUCGGCCGUCGCCUUGCUCAGUCAUCGGUUGGUGGUGAAAAUGAGGACAGUCCUAAGCGUAACGAAAUAGUGAAAUUAGUAAAUGGCGAUUUGCCCCAUGUGACUAAAAUUUCAGCAACUACGCCAGACUGUUUGCCACCGCUUUGUGAGUCCGAAACCCCUUCUCCUACUGUUAAAGACGUUUUACCAAGUGCUACAGCUGGUUCUGCGCCUAGUGUGUUUUUGCCUAAUGAGCAAGAACUUAUGUUGCUGCACGAGAGCGUGCACCAGCAUACGCUUCAGGUGGAGAUGGUUGACCAAGAUCUGGAAUCCAUCAGCACCUAUCCUGGGACUGAAGAUCUUGGCGAAACUGAAGUUGGCGAGCAGGUGGACCACACUCGAAACUUCACACUAUCCCCCGAAACUACUGACUGUGAUAGCAACGACGUGGAGAGCGUCGUUUCUCUGGAGGGCAGUAUGAACUCAGGUGGCCGGCUCAUGAGUAGUAUGCCAGUUCUUGAAGAUGGACUGUCCAGCGGACACAGUAGUGAUCCGGAUACUAGUGAGGACGAGUAUUCGGAUCGUGGCUGGUCGGAUGGCCGUAAGAGGUCUUCCGAUAACUUCGAUAAAUCGACUCUUGCCUUGAUUAAUAAGCAGAUCAGUAAGAUAGAACAGGAGUUUUGUAAGCGUCCACCUUCCAACAAUAUGGUGUCUUCGGAGAAAAUGAAUCAUCACGAUGUUGCGGAUUAUCUGUGGAGACAUUCUUGUAAUUCCCAACAUCUACAAGAUGUUGACCUUAGCUACUUUGAUGUACUCAGUCAAAAGCCUAGUGAAACGAGUCCCAGGUUGCAGAACAAUGGUGUCCAUGAGGAUUGCCCGAAUGAGAAGUCUGGCAAUGUCUCUGAUGCCAUCAAAGAGAUCAAACAGGCCAUCCAGAUGAGUAAAAAUAUUCAGCUCAAAAGCACCCAUAGUGGCAAUAACUGUGAUGGUCCCAACCAACCUGUUUGGGUUCCCAGGUUAUCUCAAUCUAGUAAAACUAAAGAUGGAUGUCACACAGAUGGCCAUACCGAAAGGAACCCAGAAGAUGAAGACUGUGAUACUGAUCAGGAAACGGACAGACUUCUCGGAGCUCAAAGAACAGAUGAUAAAGGCUUUUAUGACGACAAAGCGCGGAAUUCCUCAGGCAAGAAAAAGAGCACAUCAAAAGAAGUUUUAAUUCAUGAACCAGCAGUACUCAUUGAAGGUGUGCUGUUUCGAGCCCGGUACUUAGGUUCCACUCAAUUGGUAUGCGAAGGACAGCCAACCAAAGCAACAAGAAUGAUGCAAGCUGAGGAAGCUGUCUCUAGAAUUAAGUCCUUGCAAAACCCAGCAGGGAGAAUGCAACUUGCAGGUAAAAAUGACAAUCCAUCAAAGGGAGACCAUGAUGAACCCUUUACCGGAACUGAACCCUAUACCUCUCCCAAUGAGGAUGAUAGAGUAGAACAGAUGAAAAUAUCCCUCUGUCCCCAUGCCGCUCCCGAAGGUGAAACACAACCUAGUACAGAAGUUGAUCUUUUUAUAUCAACAGAAAAAAUCAUGGUUCUGAAUACAGAUUUAAAGGAAAUCAUGAUGGAUCAUGCUCUGAGAGCCAUUUCCUACAUAGCUGACAUAGGUGAUCUGGUUGUUUUAAUGGCAAGGAGAAGAGUUAUGAACAGUCCAGAUGAUCCUAGUGAACCUAAAAUUAAACGCACACCCAAAAUGAUUUGUCAUGUUUUUGAAUCUGAAGAGGCUCAAUUUAUUGCUCAGUCUAUAGGACAAGCUUUCCAGGUAGCUUAUAUGGAGUUCUUAAAAGCUAAUGGAAUUGAAGAUAGUAGUUUUGUUAAAGAGAUGGAUUACCAAGAAGUUCUCAAUUCUCAAGAAAUAUUUGGAAAUGAACUUGAAAUGUUUGCCAAAAAGGAAAAACAAAAAGAGGUCGUUGUUCCUAAGCAGAAGGGUGAAAUUCUUGGUAUGGUAAUAGUUGAGUCUGGAUGGGGUUCCAUGCUGCCUACUGUAGUCAUUGCCAACAUGGCUCAAAGUGGGCCAGCAGCAAGAUGCGGGCAACUUAAUAUUGGGGAUCAAAUAAUUGCCAUAAAUGGAAUAAGCCUUGUAGGACUGCCUUUAUCUACAUGUCAAAAUUACAUCAAGAAUACAAAAAAUCAAACUGUUGUGAAGUUGACUGUAGUUCCAUGUGCGCCAGUAGUCGAAGUUAAAAUCAAAAGGCCUGACACCAAAUAUCAGCUGGGUUUUAGUGUUCAAAAUGGAGUGAUCUGUAGUUUGCUCAGAGGGGGCAUUGCUGAACGAGGAGGGGUCAGAGUUGGUCAUAGAAUUAUUGAAAUUAAUGGACAAAGUGUUGUAGCUGUGCCACAUGAAAAAAUAGUCAACUUAUUGGCUACAUCAGUUGGAGAGAUACAUAUGAAAACUAUGCCUACGUCUAUGUUUAGAUUGCUAACUGGUCAAGAAUCUCCGCUCUACAUUUGAAGUGACAAUUGCAUUGUUUCCAAAAAGAAGGAAAUUAUUGUGCCUCCACUUUUUUCAAUGAUGGCCCACGAACGAUGGCCCUCAUCUGUUCACUUCUAAAUGGCAGUGAUAUAUAUAUAGAAAUAGGUGUGCAAAAUCAAUUACAAUAAAUAACAAAAAGCAAGCGCAAAACUUUAUUCCAACCUGUUUAGCCAUAUCAGGAUUUGCUGGUGGGGAGAGAGCGAAUGGAAAGAACUCAAAUCGUAUGUGCGGCUGGAUGCUUUUUUUUUCAUAUAAAAGAACCGACGAAGAUGUUGUAUUUCAAUGUUUAUCUAAAUGCUUGGUACUGAUACCGUGUGUAUCGGUCGAAGGAAUGGUUUCUUGCACUUUUCUCUUCCAAUGCAGUUACGUGCAAGGUGGACGUCCCUGCGAGUCGAUCGCCGCUCGUGUUUUCUUUAACUCUACUAGUCACAAAACAGAGAUAUUAUUUGUUUGUUUUAUUUUCUGUUAACUUUCAAUGAAGCUUGGAGAAAAAAAAUUGAUUGCUAUUUUUCUUGUAGUGAAAAGGCUCGACUUGGACGUUAUGUUUCUGAGCUAUCAAGUUUGACAUUUCCGAAGAUGCUCUUCUUAUAGUUCUGUUUUCGGUUACCUCAGAAUCAUUAAUCGUGAUUGCUUCUGAGGAAUUAAACUUAGUGCCUGAAGAAAAAAUUAAUGACACUUAAAUAUUCUCUAAUUGCUUUUCACUAUAAACUGAUAUUUAAAAUGCUGUUUUUUGAACCAGGGACAAAUUUAUUUCCUCACCCCUGUUAGAAAUUCAGUUUUUUUAUUUUUCCUCAUUUUUAAAUUUGCCAUUUUUAUGUAAAAAAAAAAUAUAUCUUGUAUAGCUAUCAUUUUUGACAGAAAUAGGCAGCUUAAUGUGCAUUUUUGUCUACAGCUCAAUUGAGUCAACAGUUUACUACUUUUCAAAGCAUAAACUGAGUUUGCCCAUAAAUGUGUGCUUUUUUAAUGCAUCUAAGCCUCAUUUUCUAUUUAAGCUUUAUUAUUUAACGCAUCUAAGCUUACAAUGGAAAAGCAUUUUGUUUUUUAAAGGAUUGUACAUAUUUUUUUUAUGCAGAAAUUCUUUGUAAGAUUUUGAGACUAGACACUAUCUCUUAAUCUUCUCUCUGAAAAUUUCAGGAUGCAUUUAAUUUCAAUAAUAAAAAAAAAACUAAAGUGAGGAUCCUUAUAGAAAGUGUCUCAGCUUUCAUAAAUAUUUCAAUGUGAAACACUUGCAUGAACAUUUUUUUGUAGGAUCUAAUGUACAAGUCUGAUACAGUAAUGCAGGAAAAGGUAAGUAGCUUUUCUAUACUGCUGUUUAAGGUUAAAAUGCAUCAUUGACUAAGUUAAAGGUCUUGCAAUGGCUAAGUUAAAGUUAAAGGGCAAUAUGUAAAAAAAAAGGGCAAUAUGUAAUGUGCUACAUAAAGCUGAGGAAGAUUGAGACUCUUAAACUUGAGUGGAUGCUGUGAAACAUUCGAACACUGUUUGAGGAACUUCUUUUUCAAUUUAAAACUGCUAAAUAUUCUACAAUUUUCCAAUUAUAAGAGGUUUAUACAUAAUGUGCUAUAUAGCUGAGGUAGAUUGAUACUCUUAAACUUGGUGGAUCCAGUAUGGCAUUAGAAAACUGUUUGAGGAAUAUCUUUUUCAAUUGAAAACUGCCACUGCAAUUUUCCAACCGUAAGAGGUUUAUACAUAAUGCUCUAUAUAGCUGAGGAAGAUUGAGACUCAUAAACUUGGUGGAUGCAUUAAAACAUUUGAAAACUGUUAAAUUAAAUUGAAAACUGCUGAAUAUUCUACAAUUUUCCAACCAUAAGAGGUUUAUAUGCUUGAAAAAUUUACUAGUAUUGAAAGCAUCACUUACUCUGUUAUCUCAUUAAUCACAACAUGCUCUUAAACUGGCUCAUCAUAAGUCAUUGACAACAUGCUAGUCUUGUCAUGAUUAUCAUAUGCCAUUAAACAUGAGUUUUUUUUUUAAUAAACGCAAGUCACAUUCUAAGUUUGAAUCAGAAAGUUGUUCAUCUAUUUAGGUGGUAACUCCUUUUUCACCAGACUAAAAUCUUGCUAUAAGUGGUUCAAUUCUUUUGACCGAAUAAUUUAAACAUUUUUUUAAAAUUUAUUCUCAAAAUUGUAUUUUUCAGUUACACGAUAAAAAAUCUUUAAUUAAAUGUCACAAAAUUCACAAUUUUCUCAGAUAUUCAAGAAAAUAAAUGUUUAUUUUUUCUCAUUGAGUCGCAUUAACUAUAAAAACGAAAAGUCCUGUGGCAGAAUGCAGAAAUCAAGAUCGCCUAUUUCAGUGUAUUUUAAGUAUCCAGAUAUUAUUCUAUGAAAAGCCACCUUAGCUUGCAAGUCAAACUUGCCCGCAAAAAUUGAAAAUAAAUUACAACCUCAUCAAAUUAGUCUUUCUACCUUAUAACUAAGUCUUCAGCUUUCAGUGAACUCUUAAUCAAGUAUGGUGCAUUGUAGUUAAAAUUAAAAGAUUUUAAGUGAGAAUAGCUGCAUAUAUUCCAUAUUAUUGAUUGGAUUAUAUUUUAUCCAAUCUUUAAUAUGGAUUAAGGAUUUUUUUUUUAACUACUGAAUCUGUUUAGUUACGAUUUGCAAGACCACUAUAUGUUUAAAAAAAUAAAAACUUUGAAGCAACACAUGGAAAGAAUUGAAAAUAAAAGCAGCAGCAUGUGAAAAGAAAAUAUAAAUAAAUCAACAAAUGAAAAUUAUUCUUAUGAUUAAAUAUACAUAAGACACCUGACUCAGACACCUUAUAGUUUUUAUUGAUAAUUGUUUGUUAAAGGUGAUUAAAAAACUCUUAAUUUGUUCAGAAUUUGACAGAUUUUUUUAAAAAAAUUAUAUGUUUUAAGUAUUAUCUGUAACCUGAUCAUAAAAACUUACGUUCAGAUCACAUUUUUUAAAUGAUCACUUUGCCACACCAACUGGUUGUAAGAAAAAUUUAAUUCUUAAAUUCUCCUGUCCCUUCUAAUCUGGUGUCCUGACUAUACCAACAAAGAGCUAAAAAUUGAUUGCUCCUCUAAAAACAGAUUGGUUCGAAUGUUUAAUUGUUUAUUUUUUCACUUUCUCACUAACCAUCAUAUCAGUUUAUGCUUUGAUAAAGUAUGAAUCAAAAUAUAUUGAAAUUCUUCAUAAGGGCUUGAGGGCUGAU